GUAACAGAUAAAUAACCCGGAGAAGGCUCUGCAGCUACAGUUCUCGUUUUCGCUCUCUAAGCAAGAUAGUCUCGAGAAGCUCCAAAGAUGUCUGGACGUGGAAAGCAAGGAGGCAAAGCUAGAGCGAAGGCCAAGACUCGUUCAUCCCGUGCUGGGCUGCAGUUCCCGGUGGGUCGUGUGCACCGUCUGCUGAGAAAAGGCAACUAUGCUGAGCGUGUCGGAGCUGGCGCGCCCGUCUAUCUGGCUGCAGUGCUCGAAUACUUGACCGCUGAGAUCCUGGAGCUGGCUGGCAACGCUGCCCGGGACAACAAGAAGACCAGGAUCAUCCCUCGCCACUUGCAGCUGGCCAUCCGCAACGACGAGGAGUUGAACAAGCUGCUGGGCAAAGUCACCAUCGCCCAAGGAGGAGUCCUGCCCAACAUCCAGGCAGUGCUGUUGCCCAAGAAGACCGAGAGCCACAAAGCCAAAGGAAAGUAAACUGGCUCGGCUUUGCUCUCUACAGGAAUAAACCCAAAGGCUCUUUUAAGAGCCACC